AUGCGGAAGAAGGGUUGUCGAGCACCGGAUCUGAGCUUUCGGGCUCUUGCGGGGUCCAGCCUCCGAGAUAAAGGCGUUCACAAAAAACAAGCAGCAGGGGGCAGGAGCCAAUCGUCUGUGGCGGCCCCCACACCUACGAGUCAUGAGUUUGACGUCGCAGCUGCGAAGAUAAUUGCCCACGCCGGCAGCAAGGCAGGCCGAAAAUUGAUUGAAGCUUGGGCCUCGGAUGAGAACUCAAUCAAUCGAUUUAUCGAUCUGGCGCCGGCAUACAUUGCCCUCCGCAGGCAUCUCCACACGGCCGACAUUGGUGAUUAA